ACUGCGUUUGCUGUUUGACAGAAACCGAGUCGUGAUCCUCCGGUGGAGCCGUGGGUGGACUGCCUCCCCCGUUUACCUUCCCCCCUCUGCGCUCACUAUUACUUCCCUGCCACCUCGCCCGCCGGAUCCGAGGACGACCGUUUUCACCGUUUUGGUGGUAAAAAAAAAAUGUAUUUUUCGUGUCAAUAGAAGCGGGUCUCCGCGAGUAUCGCGCUGCUUGUUCGCCCGAACAAGAGACACAUCACCGCGGUAUAUUCCGGGCUAAGCUACAACCGCAGAGGGUGGGGGUGGACUUGUGUAUCCUGGCCCUCCGGAGCACCGCCAGGAUCAUGAAUUGGAACAAUGACAAGCUGAGGGAACCAUUGUACUGUAGAUGAGAUGUCAGAGUGUCGUCCAGAAGUAAGUUCGGAGAACCAUAGCUAGUUGGUAGGCUAAAGGAAGUUGGCUUAGCCGCGCGGUUCCUCUGGACGGUCGUAUGCGUUGCUGGACUCUGGGCCAUCUCCGGAGGCAUUAAUCAUUCACCUAGGGAGACUUCCUAAAGGCUUGGCUUGAUAAACACUCGCAGCUUUCCGUGCGAAUUAUCGGGGCAACGCUCCUUUGCUAGCUUGGCUACCAGCUAAAAGUGCAGCUGUAAACAAAGAGCUCCACCUGUCCCCCCGGGUUCCAUCCACGGACAGACUGUGUCUUUUGUUUACCGGGCAAAAUAUGGAUUUAAAAACGGCAGUAUUCAACGCCGCCAGAGACGGGAAGCUCCGGCUGCUCCAGAAACUGUUGGAGAACAAAGAUGGACGCGAGGUGACCAAGCUGAUGGGGGAGAAGACCAACGGGGCGACCCCGCUGCUGAUGGCCUCUCGGUACGGCCACCUGGACCUGGUGGAGUACCUGCUCGAGUGCUGCUGCGCCCCCGUGGAGGUCGGGGGUUCUGUCAACUUUGAUGGGGAGACGAUCGAAGGGGCGCCCCCGCUGUGGGCCGCGUCUGCUGCGGGUCACCUGAAGGUAGUGCAGUCGCUGUUGGGUCACGGAGCGUCGGUCAACAGCACCACCCUGACGAACUCGACCCCACUCAGGGCGGCCUGCUUCGACGGCCACUUGGACAUUGUGAAAUACCUGGUGGAGCACAAGGCAGACUUGGAGGUGGCCAACAGGCACGGACACACAUGUCUCAUGAUCUCCUGUUACAAGGGCCACAAAGAGAUCGCUCAGUACCUGCUGGAGAAAGGGGCGGAUGUCAACAGAAAGAGCGUGAAAGGCAACACGGCGCUCCAUGACUGUGCAGAGUCAGGAAGUCUAGAGAUAAUGCGCAUGUUGUUGCACUAUGGGGCGUCCAUGGAGCAGGACGGCUACGGGAUGACCCCGCUGUUGUCCGCCAGCGUCACAGGCCACACAAACAUUGUGGACUAUCUAACAAAACACCAGCAGACAAGCCACAAGGAACGCAUUGAUGCCUUGGAGCUUUUAGGGGCCACAUUUGUGGAUAAGAAGAGGGACUUGCUUGGUGCAUUGAAGUACUGGAAGAGGGCCAUGGAUCUCAGGUACCUGGACAGCAACAAUGUUGUCAAUAAACCCGAACCCAAGCAGCUGAUCAUGGCCUACGACUACGCCCGGGAGGUGACAAACGGAGAAGAGCUGGAUGGUCUUAUUUCUGACCCAGAUGAGAUGCGCAUGCAGGCUCUUCUCAUCCGCGAGAGGAUCCUCGGCCCACAGCAUCCGGACACUUCCUACUACAUUCGCUACCGCGGUGCCGUGUAUGCAGACUCUGGAAACUUUGAGCGCUGCAUUAACCUCUGGAAAUACGCGCUGGACAUGCAGCAGAGUAACCUCGACCCUCUCAGUCCAAUGACGUCAUCCAGUCUGCUGUCGUUCGCCGAGCUCUUCUCCUUCAUGCUCCAGGACCGAGCCAAAGGUCUGCUGGGGACGUCGGUGUCCUUUGAGGACUUGAUGGGGAUUCUCACUAAAAGUGUGCUGGAGAUCGAGCGUGCAGUGAGGCAGAGUGGGCCCAUGCCUCCUGACCCCACACAGCUCACCAAGGCCCUGUCAAUCAUCCUGCAUCUCAUCUGUCUACUGGAGAAGGUGCCAUGCAGUACAGAGCAGGACCACUUUAAGAAGGAAACCAUCUACAGAUUUCUCAAGCUUCACCCGUGUGGCAAGAACGGCUACAGUCCGCUUCACCUGGCAGUCGAUCGCAAUACUACCUGUGUGGGUCGCUACCCGGUCUGCAAGUUCCCUUCCAUCACUGUCACCUCCAUACUGUUGGAGUGUGGGGCAGAUUUCAACAGCAGAGACGACGAUGACAACAGUCCGCUGCAUAUAGCUGCCUCUAAUGGCCACGCUGACAUCAUGAACUUGCUGAUCUCAUGGGGGACGCACUUCGACAGCACCAACUCCUUCCAACAGACGGCGUGUGACCUCCUCGACGAGAAGGAGCUGGCAAGAAACGUCAUCCAGCCCAUCAACCACACUACGCUGCAGUGCCUGGCUGCCAGAACCAUCAUCAAGCACAGCCUGGAAUUCCAGGGGAACAUCCCUGAGAAACUGGAGGCCUUCGUCCUGCUCCACAGAUAAUGGUAUCUCUACGUUCUGGAGCCUGGAUGGAUGUAGUUUCUACGGACAGUAUUCAUCCACGUGACUCACUCCGAGCUCGAUCGUUCAAAACCUUCCCACGCAGUGUUUGGGUGGCGAGAAGACUUUGGUUUACAAACCCGUUUGCCGAGAGCGAACUCGAAAGACGCUGUGUCCUCCUUCAACUGGGAUGAAAACUAAAAACGUGGACGAGUGGAACGAGCCGAUGAGAGCAAGGGGUUUACACGUUUUUGCUUCAGAAAACGAGCUAUUUUUUGCAUAUUCAACAAUGCUAUUUAUUAAACGAAACUGAAGCGAUUUUCUCCACGCUGGCGCCGACCCAGCCUCGAUGUUGCCUGCUUCUUUUCGCAAAGCAAGGACCGCAGCAUUUUCUGAAUAUGCUGGGACUUCAGGUUUAUUUUUAAUUCGUCCCGCCCCCAUUGCCAACACUCGUUUUCUCAGUCACCAUCAAGUUGAAUAUAUAUAUAUUUUUUGUACUUUUACAAUGCGUUUUAGUUACGAACCUGCACAUCUGGAUUUCUGCCAAGCGGUGGGAGUUGUACAACUUUGCUAUUCCCACUUAAGUGUGUAUAAAAAAAGCUUUACAGGAGGGGUUUUCACGUCUGCGAAACACCACAAGUGCUUUAUUCUUCCUAUGCACAGGCUUGGCUGUUGGAAAGUGACUGUUUUAUUCUGUGCCGACACUUGUCUGUGCAAUACAUCGUGACUUUUGUGUUUACCUCAUUGCUGCCGUGUCCUUUAAGGUCCCCUGGCUACAUCAGAGGGCCUUUUUGUAUUGGCUGUUAGGAAGAGUGCGUGAAAUGUGCGCGCGUGUGAAGGCGUUGUGUGUUUUCCAGUUGGCAAGUGGAGAGAUACUGUGGUGAAUUGGCGCUUGUGGCAAUUCCAUAUUGCGUGGAGGCAAGUGGGUGCCACACGUGCCAGCUGUAACAGUCAAACAAUUCUGGUGCGGCGCCACACGCGCGCGCUCCAACCUGGCCAUCUUUAUCAAACCGAACGUAAUUGGCUCUAUGUGCAUAUCAACCACACAAUUCCUCAACGUCUAUCUCAACUAGCUUAGUCGUGCUCAUCAUGUCUGACGUCGGCGGAAGAGUGGCGUGACUUGACAAAACAGCUUUGUGAUCCAUCUCAUUUGCACAGUAGCUGGAGAUGUGUUGGGUGGAGAAAAGGGCUUUUUUUUUUCCCCAUGUUGCAGUUUGUGUUCAAACCUGACAAUUCAAAACCGGAACAUGUACGACGAUUCCUGGAGUUGAUUUUGGGAUCUGCACUUUACUACAGUAAGAGUUGAACAUUUGAUAUGGCAUUAAUCAAGUUCAUGUCUUAAUAACCCGUUUGACAAUAAAUCCAUC